AUGGAGACUAUCAAUUUAAAAUCGCAAAAGCUCGACUUUGAUGGAGUCGAUUCCGAACAGGGGAUGAAACUACUAUCCAUAUAUUGGAACCGUCAGCACCAUAUCGGACCCAUCGUGUAUCGGACAGCGUUCAUGAGAGACAUGGCGUGUAAUGGCUCACGCUUUUCGAAGCUACUUCUAAAUGCCAUGUACUUCUCAGCUUCCGAGUACUUGUCACGGGCUGCUGCCUCAUCCUUGGACGGUUCUGUGGCUGCACGAUGUGCUGCAGCAGAUAAUUGCAGCGAAGGCAUGACUUUUCGACGCCGGGCUGAGGCCCUCCUUCACGCCGCAGACGCACAGCUACUACUGAAGAGCGACUUGACUACUGUCCAGGCGUUGCUGAUCAUGUCGCAUACUCUUUUCUCUUGGUGUGACGAGAAGAGCGCAUCCUGGCACUACGCUGGGAUGGCGAUAAGCAUGAUCAUCGAUCUGGGCCUCCACAAUGAAGCGGGUCGGCGGCCCGACAUAUCAUCUCCUUAUCAAAUCGAGGACAAAGAGAUCUAUCGCAGAGUGUUCUGGGCCGCUUUUGCUAUUGACAAGCUCCAGUCAGUGUACCAAGGUCGUCCUCCGCGUCUUCGAGAGGCCGACAACUGCGUUCCAAUCCUCUUCCUCGACGAAUAUGACGAGCUUGAUCCAUUUCACACUGAUGGAUAUGCGUUGGAGCCCGAACAACUUGGCUAUCCAAGCCAUGUGGUCUCAACCUUUGAACAGCUGUGUAAGCUCAGCAUUAUCAUCGAUUGCAUGAUUAGCAAUCUAUACACGGAGAAGAGUUCGCGAAAGAGCCCCACUGAGCUUCUACGCAUAACUCGUUCAUUGGAUGAGGAUUUAACAGCAUGGAGACACGCACUGCCGUCUCAUCUUUCUGCACUACUGGAAUUGCCCAACAAGGCCAUCUAUCUUCCUCAUACCAUAAGUUUGAUGUCGUUGUUUAAUGCCGUUAUCAUACUCUUGUACCGACCAUUAGUAUCCGAUAGCCAUCUCCAAACGGCGGAUGAAGCCAUCGCGAGCAAAUCCUUCGCCAGGUGCGCUGCUGCUGCCACUGAUAUUGACUCGCUUCUACGACAAUAUCAAAAGAGCUUCUGUGUCAAAUCGGCACCUUAUACACUCUCUUACGCGACAUACGUCAGUGCAACAAUCCAUUUACGUAUUGCAGCACAGCACAGAGCUGGUUCCGCAGCACAUAUCCGUCUCCAAAACUGUCUCGAGAUACUUUCCGAGCAUCAAGUGGUAUCUCAUGCGUCGAGAAGAUGUCUGAGGAUACUGAACGAUCUGGUGAAGCGACUUGAUGUCAAUGUGUUACUUGGGCCUGAAUUGGCUCAAGCCAGAAACACUGACAUCUCGACUUUGAGCAAUGCCGUACGUCUGACUGGAGAUGUUGACCGAUACACUCAGAUGGACACAACUAGUUCCCAGCAAAUUAUGCAAGCGAAUGGAAACGAAAUGACUGGUAUCACACCGGGACUGGAAAACACAUGGUCAGAUCUCGACAUGGAUGAGAUCAUACGAACUUUCACUUGGGAUGCGGGAGCGAUGGACACGACUUUCAACCCCAACAAUCUAGAUGCUGGUGGCAUAGCAUCCUGUACGGGCUUGAGUGCAAGCGCCCAGGACCGAGCUGAAUCUUCGUAUUUCGAUGCUCUGUUCGGAGUCGAUUUGUAG